UUGCCAUUCCGACGCACAUCCCCGAUUGAGGCGCAACAGCUACGCGGAGUUGCUCCAAGUGGACUUCCCCAGAACCUUUUAACCCCCCGUACCUACACCUCCGGAUGCGGGUCCUCCCCCUUCGCGCCGUCCUGUGCGCAUAGGGACGGGAGAGCACAGCAGCGGAGAGAGAUGCGCCCCUGGUCAGUUAUCGCGCGUCGGUGAAGUCGAAUAACGGGAAUUGUGAGCCGGCACAGUCAUAGGAAUAACGGGACGUGAAUAAGAAGCACAAAGACAUUCACUCCAUUGACGUGGAUGAUGCUGGUGAUGAAGUGGCGGGAAUCCUCCGAGGUGUGAGUGACAGGCAAUGAGAGGAACACAAAGCUCCGCUGCAGUGAUCACUGGUUGAGCUUCCACCCGUCGUGAGGGUCCACUGUGGGCAUCUUUAUUCAUGUUGCAAAAGCCUGGCUCGUGACAAUGGAUUACUUGCUGUGGCUGUGCAGCUUCAUUGUGCCCGUGGUGCUGGCUGUUGAAGAAACCCUUAUGGACAGUCGGUGGGCGACCACAGAGCUGGCCUGGACGACAUUCCCAGAGAGCGGGUGGGAGGAAGUUAGCGGCUAUGAUGACUCCAUGAGCCCGAUCAGAACCUACCAGGUGUGUAAUGUCCGAGAGCCCAACCAGAACAACUGGCUCAGGACGGACUAUAUCCCCCGCAGGGGUGUGCUGCGUGUCUACGUGGAGCUCAAGUUCUCCGUGCGUGACUGUGCCAGCAUCCCAAACAUCCCCGGCUCCUGUAAAGAGACCUUUAAUCUGUUUUACUAUGAGUCUGAUGGGGACGCCGCCACAGACAGCAGCCCCCUGUGGAGGGAGAACCCCUACGUGAAAGUGGAUACUAUAGCCCCCGAUGAAAGCUUCUCUCUGCUGGAGGCUGGCAGGAUCAACACCAAAGUGCGCAGCUUUGGCCCCCUCUCAAAGGCUGGCUUCUUCUUGGCCUUCCAGGACCUCGGCGCCUGCAUGUCGCUCAUCUCCGUCAGGGUCUUCUUCAAAAAAUGCUCCACCACUAUCGCUAAUUUCGCCGUCUUCCCUGAGACUGCAACCGGGGCGGAAGCUACUUCCUUAGUCAUCGCGCCGGGGGCUUGUGUGACCAACGCGAUGGAGAUGUCCGUGCCUCUUAAGCUCUACUGCAACGGUGAUGGCGAGUGGAUGGUUCCAGUGGGUGCCUGCACCUGUGUCGCUGGUUUUGAACCCACAGCGGACCGCACCCAAUGCCAAGCUUGCAUCCCUGGAACUUUCAAAUCCAAAUUCGGGGACGGAUUCUGUGUUGCGUGUCCGUCGAACAGUCGCACCAGUGCCCGAGGAGCCAGUAUUUGUCCCUGCCAAAGUGGCUUCUACCGUGCUGAUAGCGACCCCCCUGACACCGCCUGCACCACUGUCCCAUCAGCACCUCGCAACGUGAUAUCCAGCGUCAACGAGACCUCUCUGUCCCUGGAGUGGGAAGAGCCCGAGGACACAGGUGGAAGGAGCGACCUGGUGUAUAACGUGGUGUGCAAGAAAUGCCUGCGAGACCGCAGUCCGUGCACGCGAUGCGACGACAACGUGGACAUCUCCCCCCGGAGGCUUGGCCUGAGGCAGAGGAAGGUGGUGGUGAGGAAUCUGCAGGCUCACACCCGCUACAGUUUCGAGGUGCAGGCGGUCAGCGGCGUCUCCGGGAAGAACCCGGCCUCUCCUCGUUACUCCACAGUCAACAUCACCACCAACCAGGCCGCACCAUCAGCAGUACCGACGGUCCAUCUGAUGCGUUCCACCUCAGACACCCUGAGCCUGUCAUGGCUGCCCCCCGAGAAACCUAAUGGGGUCAUUCUGGACUACGAGAUUAAAUACCACGAAAGGGGCCAGGCUAUGUCGCACACCGUGACAUCCCAGCACAGCUCAGCCAAGGUGGAGGGGCUAAGGGCCUCUACGCCCUACGUCGUGCAGGUCAGAGCGCGCACCGUGGCGGGAUAUGGACGCUACAGCAACCCCAUGGACGUCAGCACCAGCCUGCACAGUGACCCUCAGAAGUCUGUGCAGGACCAGCUGCCUCUCAUCAUUGGCUCAGCCUCGGCAGGGCUGGUCGUCAUUGUUGCUUUGGUAGUGAUAGCCGUUGUCUGCCUCAAGAAGCAGCGUAGUGGCUCUGAGCUGGAGUACACAGAGAAACUGCAGCAGUACAUUUCUCCAGGGGUUAAAGUGUACAUCGACCCUUUCACCUACGAGGACCCCAACGACGCCAUUCACGAGUUCGCCAAAGAGAUCGACAUCUCCUGCAUAAAGAUUGAAGAAGUCAUCGGUGCAGGUGAGUUUGGCGAGGUGUGUCGCGGACGGCUCAAGCAGGCCGGCCGCAGGGAAAUGGUGGUGGCUAUUAAGACCUUGAAAGCCGGCUACACGGAGCGCCAGAGGCGGGACUUCCUCGCCGAGGCUUCCAUCAUGGGCCAGUUCGACCAUCCCAACGUCAUCCGGCUGGAGGGUGUGCUGACACGGAGCUGCCCCGUUCUUAUCAUCACAGAAUUCAUGGAGAAUGGCGCGCUUGAUUCCUUCCUCAGGCUGAACGACGGCCGCUUCACAAUGACACAACUGGUGGGGAUGCUGCGCGGCAUCGCCGCAGGAAUGAAGUACCUGUCAGACAUGAACUACGUCCACAGAGACCUCGCCGCCCGCAAUAUUCUGGUCAACAGCAACUUGGUGUGCAAGGUCUCUGACUUCGGCCUGUCACGCUUCCUGGAUGACACGUCUGCUGAUCCCACUUACACAAGCUCACUGGGAGGGAAAAUUCCCAUCCGGUGGACGGCGCCAGAGGCCAUUGCCUUCAGGAAGUUCACCUCUGCCAGUGACGUGUGGAGUUAUGGCAUCGUUAUGUGGGAGGUGGUGUCGUAUGGAGAGAGGCCAUACUGGGACAUGAGCAACCAGGAUGUGAUGACGGCAGUAGAGCAGGACUACCGGCUGCCCCCGCCCAUGGACUGUCCCAUGGUGCUGCACCAGCUCAUGUUAGAGUGCUGGAUGAAGGAGCGCAACCUGAGGCCCAAGUUCUCACGCAUCGUCAACACCUUGGACAAGCUGUUGCGCAACGCCGGCAGCCUCAAGGUGGUGACCAGCACGUACUCAGGGGACCUGCUGAGGCUCGGAGGGACGCUGCCAGGACACAACAGGAAAAGCCCGGACAGCAGCGAAGAAAUAGUUCGGCAACAAAUGAGCCAAACCCUCCCCAUCCGAGUGUGAUCUGCUGCGGCUUCAAUAAGCAAGAAAGACAUAAAUAAACUACCUAGAAACUCUUGACUGGAAGAGCUUGAUGUAAAAUAAAGACGAUAAAAACAAGGGGGAAGCUCCGACUACACAGGAAGGACCACUCGGAAUACUUGGUGCUGUAUGAGCGCCCGGAGACUUCAAUGUUUAAAAGACAGCGUUCCAUUACAGUGUGUGUGUGUGUGUGUGUGUGUGUGUGUGCGUGUGUGUUUUUCUUUUGACUCAUGUGGUUUUGUGACUGUCGACAGAAAGCCAAACGUCUUAUGGGCCCUCUCAGGUUGUGUUUGCAUGUCUGCAUGUGUUUUCUGCCGGUUGGGAACCAAUGGGAAGGGGGGCGCGGGGGUAGGGGGAGCGCUCACACAAACCGGAACGAGGGUCUUGAAGGAUCCAACAGUGCCAAGAUUUUAAAGACAGCCUCACAUCUGUACUAGAUGUCUUUUUACUCUUCCUCUUAUACUUUUUAUUUGUUUUGGAGUGAGGGGUAAACAAAACAAAACAAAACAAAAAAAAAAAAAAACCUUAAAUCCGCUUCCUCUUAUAUACAGUCUUCCACGUGUACUGGGAGAAUUCCGUGUUCUAAUUCUGUACAAAGCAUCCAAGUCUUCACAUGAUCUCUCCUUCCAAGCGGAGCGAUCCAACUGACACUGUGCUGGACACGUCACGUGCAUGCCAAUGUGGAACGCUCCAUGUUAUAAAUGUGGCUUUGGUGGCAUUGGCAAUGGACUUUAACGUCCAUGUUUUCUUAUUUCAAUCAUAUACGCAUUGUUUUGAAUGCUAACUUAUUUGUGCUUUUUUUACCGGGGGCUUUUUAUUACAAUGCUUGUGUGUGGUUUUUAUUUUAUUUUAUUUUUUUUAAUUAUUUUUCCCAGGCCAGACAGACAAAUGAAUGAGUGAAAUUCAGUGAGUUUUAGAUCAUACAAACAGAUCAAUGCGAGUUUAAAAGGUCGUUAUACAGAUGAAAGCUUUAUGACUUUAAUAUUGACUUGACCUCCAAAUGUUGGUUCAUUCCUCCUAACAUGCGUCCAUCCAGCGCGGGUCCCUAUUUAAAUGACCGCCUGUAUAUAUAUACACACACUUUAGAUCGAUCAGCCUUUUUCUGCUAUCUGACCUGACUUUGGCCUCUCUGUGACCUUUGUUUACAUGCUUGUUUGUUUGUUGUUGAGGAGCAAACAAUGGCGGAAUUGUACGUGUAAUGGUCAUUACAUAUCUGAUAUUAUAUGUCACAAUGAAAGAAGAAGAAAAUGUACGUCUGCGAAAGGGCAGACGUUUUCCUGUGCAAUUCAAGGUGUAGUAGAUUGUAAAAAAAGAAAAGAACAAAAAAAAAAAGGCAGAAAACUAGAACAAAAAUAAGCAUUUCUCCUUCAAUAUUUUUACGAUAAUCAUAUGCAAAUAAAUUAUUAAAGUGAUCUCUGGUAUGCUCUUUGAUUUCUCUGUGUGUUCACCAGGCUGAAGUUCCAGGUCUCAUUCGGCCGAGGGAUGAAAAGAAGGAAUAGCAAAUAUGUUUUACCUCCGCAGUCGGAAUAUCACAGCAGCUUUGGAGGGACUCAUUAGGUUUUAAGAUUAAUUAAAAUUAAAGUCCGGUCCAUGCCGCUUGCCAAAUAAUGACAUCACGUGACUGACGGACACCGGGGGGAUUUUUUACCGUGUGUUAUUGGAGAAACUUCAAGGAGACAAAGUUAAUAUGGCUGUCGGUGUCGUUUGCCGUUAAUCCGUCAGCCAGGACACAAAGCUCAGAGCAGGUGAGCAAAGCUGUCACCUCUUGUUUUUAUCGACUGGGAAG